UACUGAAUUAGAGGGGGCAGUGGCCGUGGAUGGCUAGACUGCAGUUGAGGUUGCUACUGCUUUUCCUUCUGGUCUGGCCCCCAACCUGCCUAGGCCCAGACUAUCAUUAUUUCGGAGAGCAAGGCUCCGGAGAUUCUUGGGAGAGAGAACUGGAGCCAGAAGAAUUGCCACUGGGCCCGUGGGGAUCGUGGACUUGCCAGUGUCUCCUGGGAGUUCAAGAGCGAAGGCGGGAUGUGGUAGGGGCAUCUGCAGGGCCUGUGUUUGUGGACAGGGACAGCCUUGUGCAGCGACAGCCCUGCAGUCACAACAACUGUACUAGCUGCUCUCUGGGCCAGUGUGACUAGAGGGCCUGAGGACACAGAGUGAGCAUGGCCAAAAGCAAAUGCCUAAACCCAGAGAAGGAGAAAGGAAGAUAGAAAACUCAGGGAGGCCCUUCAUGUGUACCUUACACGAUCCCAGUUGGAUUUUGGAAAGCUACAGGGUCGUACAGCAAGUUCAGGAUUGGCUCGGAAGUUUCCGGGGGCGGGAAGCCCGCCUAGACCUGUGCCCGUUGCGGAAUCUCUCAGCAAGUGUCCGAGACUGCUUGGUUUGCUGCUAGCAUGGAUCUGGGAGACUUUGAGCGGGACAACACAGGCAGCUGCCGUCUGAGUUCGCCAGUGCCAGAGCUGUGCCGCACCGAGGACUGCUGCCUGGGCAUCGAUGAGGCCGGCCGAGGGCCUGUUCUGGGCCCCAUGGUCUACGGCAUCUGCUUUUGCCCCUUGUCCAAAUUGAGUGACCUGGAGGCCCUGAAGGUGGCAGACUCAAAGACCCUAUCGGAAGCGGAGAGGGAGAAACUGUUUGGGAAGCUAGAUCAGGCCCGAGGCUUUGUAGGCUGGGCCUUGGACAUUCUGUCCCCGAACCUCAUCUCCACCAGCAUGCAGAGGCGGGCCAAGUAUAACCUGAACUCCCUUUCUCACGACACUGCCAUGGCCUUGGUGCAGCUGGCUCUGAAUCAGGGUGUGAGGGUCACUCAGGUGUUUGUGGAUACAGUAGGACCGGCUGACAAAUACCAGCAAAAACUUCAGGAGAGGUUUCCAGAGGUGGAGGUGACUGUUCGACCCAAAGCUGACUCCCUCUUCCCUGUGGUCAGCGCUGCCAGCAUUUGUGCCAAGGUUGCUCGGGACCACGUUGUGAAGAAAUGGAAGUUUCUGGAAGACCUCGGGGACCUGAAAAUGGAUUAUGGGUCUGGCUAUCCCAAUGACCCCAAGACCAAGUUGUGGCUGUCCCAGUGCUUGGACCCCGUUUUUGGCUUUCCCCAGUUUGUCCGCUUUAGCUGGAGUACUGCUCAGCUCAUCCUGGAUGGACGUGCUGUGCCUGUUCGCUGGGAGGACUCAGAGGAAGAGGCGGGAGGCCCACCAGCUGCUGGCAGGGGUUCUGGCACCCCCUCCCUUCUGUCCUACUUUGCCCGUACCCAAGCUCCCACAGAACGACAAUCUCACCGGUUCUUCCACGAGAGGGGAUUGGAGACAGUUGCUGACCUGUAGAAAUUGUUGAGGAAGUUGAUGAAGGGGAGUGAUGGGAAGGACUGUUGCUUUGUAUCUCUCUCUUCUCCCCUUCCUGUUAAUUUGUAAUAAAAUCUCAGGAAUAGCUGUGA